AUGUGUCUGUCGGUGUGGGUGCUGGACGGCCAUCCGCUCUACGCGCUGCUCCUCGCCUCCAACCGCGACGAGCUCCUCGCUAGGCCCACGGACCCCGCGCACUAUUGGCGCGACGACCCGCGCGUGCUGGCGGGGCGCGACCUGCAGUGCGGGGGCACGUGGCUGGGCGCGAGCACGGGCGGGCGCGUCGCGUUCCUCUCCAACUGCUGGGCCGUCCGCAAUCGCGCCGACGCUGUCAGCCGCGGCGCCCUCAUCUCCGACUUCCUCCAGGGCGCGUGGCGCGCGGACGGCGCCGAAGGCGCGGAGGGCGCGGGGGACGACGAGGGCGCGGAAGGCGCAGGGGGUCCGCGGGAGUACCUGGAGUCGGUGGCGCGGCGCGCGCACCUCUUCAACGGGUUCAACCUCGUUGCUGCUGACGUGGCAUUUGACGAGAGCAGGCACAGCGCGGAUGCGGCAGCAGCGGAGGACCAGGAGCGGAAGCAGGGGCGCGCAAACACAGAGGGGGGAGGCGCAGAGGGCGCAUGUGGGGAGGAAGCCAGCAGGAGCCCCUCCGCGCAUGUGCGCAUGUACUACCUGACCAACGCCCCGCACCACGACGGGUGUAGCGCAAGCAGAGGCGCGGAUGGAGGUGGGGAGGAGGGGGAUGGGGCGGCGGCUUGUGGCGUGAUGCGCGUGGAGAGAGGGCUGCAUGGACUCAGCAAUGCGGCUCUCGACACUCCCUGGAGCAAGGUGGAGCGAGCCAAGGAGCACUUAGCAGAGCUGCUGGAGGAGAGUAAGGGGGGCGAGGUGCCGGCAGAGGUGAUUAUAGAGAGAGUGCUCAUGGACGCGUGGCAGCCUGUGCACCCUCACACCAGUGCUGACGUGGCUGAGGCAGAGCACUGCCCUAUGGGGCCGGAGUAUGAUCAGAGGCUGACACCUGUCUUUGUCAACUGGGGCGUAUGGAACGCGCAGCUGCAUAGUGGUGGCGGUGCACCGCUCUGGGCUAGUCGAGUUCACAGAGAAGUCCAGGAGUGCGGAUUCUCCCACUGA